CCUUAAGAGAUGUUAGUUUUUCAACUGAAUUUAGCUAAUAUCAGCUAGUUAGGAGUGAAGUGUGAAAGUUCUGUUUAAAAGUUUAGAUUGGUUAAUCCAUCUGGCUCUUUUGGUUUCCUGUUAAUUGUGCUUCAAAGUUAACUCCUUAUCCCCUCCCUUGUGGAUCCUUACUACAGUUUGCCUGUCCAGCAGGCAUUCCUUCCCAAACAUCCAUUCUGCUCUUGGAUGGGUUUUCCAGAUUCCCACUACUGGCUGUAGGUCAGAUCCCCUGCUUCCUUUCAGCUUAACUCUAAUUCUGUGUGUAAUGUAGUUCCUGCCUCAAAUUUUUCCUUUCAUUCACUGUUUGGAUAGGACCUAUCGUUCCUUCUGAGAUGUGGCACCUAGAGUCACUCCUAAAGGAUAGGCACUGCAAGUGAAACUGUGGAAGCAAGCCUGGCAAUUUGUGGCCUGAGCAAGUAAAAGGACAAACAGUAGAUAACUUUUUAUUAUACUAGUAAAAUAGAGAUAAAAUGAAUAUGUGCCAUAUGAAAUUACUGAAGGAGUUAAUGUAAGAUACAUAAAACUCAUCAGCAUGUAAGAAGCACACAGUGAAUGUUAACCAUCAUUAUUAUCAUAGUUAGAGUCUGUUGCAUUUUUCCAAGAGCAUAACAUUCAGGCAGUGAGCUUCAUUUUAUUUUGUUUUGUUUUUUUAAUAAACUAGAGAUUUGCAGUUACUUGUAGUUAUGAAAAAGAAAUGGUCUUACAUUUUUUCUCAGCAGAGUUGUUAGACUAUAUUUGUCAUUAUAGAUAAGAGCAGAUGCCCAUAAACUGAUCUCGAGUUUAUCAGAAGUGACAUUGAUGAUGUUUACAAGGAAGUCAGAAAGCUUCCUGCUUGGUUAUCCAUUUGUCACAGAACUUCAGAAUUACAUGGCAUCUUACAUAAGAUACCAGAUGACAAUUUUAGCAUUCCAGAAGGUGAAGAAGAUCUGGCAAAAGCAAUUCAGAUGGUCCAAGAACAGGCUACCGAUACUCAGAUUUUGGAGCAGAAAACAGUCCUUCCUUCAAAGCAACCAGUACCUGAAGUAAUAGAAGACUUUCUCUGCAAUUUCCUAAUCAAAAUGGGAAUGACCAGAACCCUUGAUUGUUUUCAGUCUGAAUGGUAUGAGUUAAUACAGAAGGGACUAACUGAACUUAGAGAUCUUGGGAAUGUUCCAGAUGUCUACACCCAGAAUAUGCUUUUAGAAAAUGAGAACAAAAAUUUGAAGAAAGACUUGAAACACUACAAACAGGCAGCUGACAAGGCUAGAGAAGACCUGCUGAAAACUCAAAAAGAACGCGAUUUUCAUCGAAUGCACCACAAGCGAAUAGUCCAGGAAAAAAACAAGUUAAUUAAUGACCUCAAAGGGUUGAAGUUACAUUAUGCAUCUUAUGAACCAACUAUAAGGGUGUUACAUGAGAAGCACCACACUUUACUGAAGCAGAAAAUGCUGACCUCUCUGGAAAGAGACAGAGCAGUUGGGCAGAUUUCUGGGCUUCAAGCAACAUUGAAGAAUAUGGAAAUGGGGCAUAAUUACCAUGCUUCUGAAAUUAGAGUUGUUCCUAAGCGUGAAAAAGAAAAUGCACUGGAAGGUCCUACUCAGAAAGGUCUUCGUGAAGCCAGGGAGAAAAACAAAAGUAACACAAAGAUAAAAGAUAAUACAAAGGAUUCAGAAUUUCCCACAGAUAUGCAACCAAAUCCAAACCUGUAUUUAUAUAAAGAAAAUAUUUGUCCAGCAAAAGUUGACUACAAGCUGAAUAACAUUUUUAGACUUCAUGAACUUCCAGUGAGCUGCAUCAUCAUGCACCCCUGCAAAGACAUCCUGAUCUCCUGUGGGGAGGACCGCCUCUGGAAGGUGGUGGGACUACCCAAAGGCAACGUGCUUCUCACAGGAUUUGGCCACACUGACUGGCUUUCUGACUGUUGCUUCCAUCCCAGUGGCAACAAGUUGGCUACUUCAAGUGGUGACACUACAGUUAAAUUAUGGGACCUGUCUAAAGGCAAUUGCAUUUUGACCUUUGAAGGACACAACCAUGCAGUAUGGUCCUGCACAUGGCACUCCUGUGGUGAUUUUGUGGCUUCUUCCUCAUUGGAUACAACCAGUAAAAUCUGGGAUGUUAAUAGUGAAAGAUGCAGAUGCACUUUGUACGGACAUGUGGAUUCUGUGAACAGCAUUGAGUUUUUUCCUGGUUCCAACACUCUUCUCACAGGUUCUGCAGAUAAGACCCUGUCUGUAUGGGAUGCGAGAACAGGUAACUGUGAGCAAUCACUUUAUGGUCAUAUGCAUUCUGUCAAUGAUGCCACCUUCACUCCUAGGGGUCAUAUGAUAGCAUCCUGUGAUGCCUGUGGAGUAAUAAAACUAUGGGACUUUCGGAAGCUCUUACCAAUUGUAUCCAUUGAUGUAGGUCCAAGUCCUGGCAAUGAGGUGAACUUUGAUUCAUCAGGUCGAGUUUUAGCUCAGGCGAGUGGCAAUGGGGUUAUCCAUUUGCUGGAUCUUAAAUCAGGGCAGAUUCACAAAUUGAUGGGCCACGAGAGUGAGGCUCACACAGUCGUGUUUUCUCAUGACGGAGAGUAUUUGUUUUCCGGAGGUUCUGACGGCACCGUUCGAACGUGGUCUUGAUGGUCAGCAUAUCCCACUACAGAGGGCAUUCCCUUUAAGGCUUGAAAAUACCUUGCGUAGUACCAGAUCAGGAAAUAUCUGGUUAAAUAUGCAAGCAGGUAACAUUUACAAUUUGCCUGCAAACAUGCUUUGGACAUGUAUUUUAGUGCUCGUACUGUUACCAAUAAAAAAAUAACUUUUGCUCAUUUA